AUGAACUCUGCUUUAAAACCAGUGUUGCCCCAGCCUGGGGUCCCUCAAGCUGCCGGCCAGUCGAGUCCCGCUAAGGGGAAUGUUGCGACCGCUAACCACGCAGUAGGACUGCCCCAAGGCGCGCAAAACUCUCUGCAUCACGGAUCAAAUAACCUGGUUGGUCAGAACCUAGUGCAUCACGUCAUAGUGCCACAGCUCCCUUCACACGCCGCGCCCUCGAUGGCACCCGUGUCUGCUAACAUGGCUCAGAUGGCACAGAACAUGAGCCACCACGGAAACCUGUCUCACGUUACACAAAACUCAGUUACUCCAGCGAAUAUCGCCGCAAGUCCAAGUAAAAGUGCUACUACCAGUUCUCCACUCAGCUUAGUACAAGAGAGCAAAUCUACCCCGUCUCAGCCUCUAGCCUUAACUAGAACACCGGAGAAAAAGGAGCCAGAUUCGACAGGAACGGCGAAUGGUACAGUUGAGUCUCCGAAGUCUGGGUCAAGUGCACCGGUCACAUUAAAGCCUCAAAACCCUGAACAGAAACAAGAUAAGCAAGAUAUAGCCAAAACAUCACCAAGUACAACCAAACCGCCUGAAAAGCCAGCCAGCUCUCCGCCGAAAGCUGAACCGUCAAAUCCAGUCAGCCAGACAGAUAGUCCGGUUCAACCUAAAGUGGCUACUGCCAAUGAACCACCAGAGAAGUCACCAUCGAAGCCGACUGAGUUAAAAUCGUCACCAACAGCCGAUGUAGCACCGACACAGAGCGAUAGCAAACCUGUACCGGAAUCGGCAAAUGAAAACCAGGUUCAAGAGAAACCUCCUACUCCUAAACCUGAAAUUGAGAGUGAAAGUCCAAAGGUUGAACCUGUUAAAGAAGAAAACAAAGAAGAACCUGAGAAACCAGCUCCCGAAAUCGAGGAAAAACCAGAAAAAAAACCAGAAUCCCCCAAAGAGCCGGAGGUCGAAAAGGUAGUGAAAGACGAAAAGGUGGAAAACAAACCUGAUGUAAAGCCAAAUGCAGCCAAAGCUGAGCCGAAAACAUCAAAGCCAACAUUAAAAUUGGCAACGGUGACGCCACCUAUGAGAAAAAGGAGGCAGGUUUCCGAUAAAGAAGCGACUCCCGCCAAAAAAGUGGCCGAAAGCGAUAGUACUCCGGACACAAGAACUAAGAGAAAUAGGACUAAAGUUCAACUCUACCAGUCACCGACCCCUGAAAUCGCGAUGGCCACCAAAUUAUCGGCAUCGGCUGGACGCUCAACACCGACAAAACAGAAUGAUGACAAACUCAUUGUAUUCUACAAAAACGAAUACUUGGCGGUUCGUAAUGCAGAAGGAGGCUUUUACGUGUGUCAGGCUGUGCAAAAUGUUUACCGGACAACAAGAAAAAUUAAAAUACGCUGGCUCUCACAAGAUAAAUCUGAUUCCACAGGAGAGACAUACAAACCGGAUUUUUAUGACGUCACUGAUAUGGAGUGCGUCUUGACAACUUUAUCGCUGUCUCGUGCGAGUGGAGGUGCCCAAAUUCUUAGGGCUGCGGAACGUGAACGAGCUCAGUCUAUACUACAGAGGGCGCUGGGGGCGGAGCGCGGGGAUAACUGUCUGCUUCUCACCGAAGAACAUCCCGAUGGUUUGGACCUAUCAUUGUAUACGGACGAAUCACAGUUGGAGAAGAAAUCACGUAAACGAAACAGCUCAAAGAGUUCUCCGAGUGACGCUAAUGAGACUGCAAAGGAAGAGGCGACGCCUAGCAAAAAGGCGCGAACGAUGCCAAAACGCAGUCCGAAAAGCGUCAGCAAAGCGAAAUCCGCUCCAAAAACUCAAAAACGAAAAUCUUUAGGUAGUACGCCCACAGUGGCGACCUCUAGCAAGGUAGGCAUAGUACGACGGAUAUAUAGAAAUACUGCCACGGCUCUGAGUGAGAAAUCAAAGAAGACUCCUCCUAAGAGAACUUCGGCGAAGCAGACGAAAAUAGAAACACCGACUGCCACACAGAGAGGUCGACGGGCUGCUAAAGAGAACAAGGCAUCGCCUAUAGUGCCAGUGCCAUCAACAUCGUCAGGCAAAACCGGCAGAUCCCGCCGCUUGCCUAAAUAA